UCUGUUAUCGCCAUUUCGUCUUAUAAAAAGACCAACAGCAUAAAAGGUCUUUGAAUGUGAGAAAAUAUUCUCUUCAACAUGAAAGUGGCAAUAGUUUUUUUCCUGGCUUUUGCCCUUAUUAUGGCAAUUGCUACCGCAGGUCCAGUCGUUAUCGGAGUAAAGGAUGAAUGCACUGUGUCUAACUGCAGCAAAUACUGUCAACAAAUUGGGCGUUUCGGAGGCAUUUGCAUCGGAAGUUUGUGCCAGUGUUACGAUUUAUAGUCCAAAAUAAACUAUUAAUAUGUACUUAGAAGUUUCUGAUUAUAUAGGUAUUUAGUUAUGUAAUAUAUACUUUUAAACAAAUAA